AUGCGCAAAAGUCGACUACUAGUUCAUCAUUUAGGAACACGCAAAAGUUCGUUUGUUAACGGAAGAUCCUAUAAUUCCUACAACAAUGGCGACUGUCUUCCAUCGUUGCCAUUGUUUAAGCAGGUGAUUGGUCACGCAGCGUCGCAAGUUUCGGAAAAAAAAGCAAUCAUCGACUUCCAAGCUGGGACCCGGCAUUCUUAUCGUCAGUUAAUAUCGGAUGUAAUGAAAUUUCGAAAAAGGCUGUUAGAGGAAUCCGGAGCAGUAGGAGGAGACUUGAAUGAAGCAAGAGUGGUCUUUUUGUGUCCCAGCGGUUAUGAAUAUGUAGUAGCGCAAUGGUCAAUAUGGUCGACCGGUGGUAUUGCGGUACCGUUAUGUACGGCACAUCCACCACCCGAACUCCUUUAUUAUAUUAAUGAUUCACGAGCUUCAGUGUUUGUCACUCAUCCGGAAUUUCAUGACCUGGCGAGAGAUAUAGCGAAGGAUGCCGGGAUCGAUAAAUUGUUGGUGAUCGACAGAAAAGAUCAAAAGUGUGACCAUUAUGAUAGCCACGAGUUCGAGAAACCACGUCUUAUUCCGACGGAUAUUUAUAGACGUGCUAUGAUCAUUUAUACUAGUGGGACAAGUGGUAAACCAAAGGGGGUUGUGUCGACCCAUGCCAAUCUUACGGCUCAAGUAAAAUCUUUGGUUGAUGCAUGGAGAUAUACUGAAAAAGAUAAAAUUUUACAUGUACUCCCAUUACAUCAUUUGCACGGUAUCCUUAACGCGUUGACAUGUACACUGUAUGCAGGGGGAACGGUGGAGAUGAUGCCAAAGUUUGAUGCAUCCGAAGUUUGGAAUAGAUUGAUGAAACCGGAGCGAGAUCUCACACUUUUUAUGGCUGUUCCGACUAUUUAUUCGCUUCCUGUCAUUACCAGAAACGAAUGGAAAGAGAUUAGCGGAGGACAAAUACUGUUGGAGAGAUAUGGGAUGAGUGAAAUUGGAAUGGGACUUAGUCACGAGUAUGAAGUUGAAAAAAGAUACGAGGAAAGUGUACCGUUGCCAGGUGUUCAAGUGAGAUUGAUAUCAGAAGAUGGAAAGGAUAUUACUGAUACGCUUGAAAAACCAGGAGAAUUACAGAUCAAGGGACCUGGCGUGUUUAAAGAAUACUGGAAUAAACCCGCAGCAACCAGUAAAGAAUUUACCGAGGAUGGAUGGUUCAAGACAGGCGAUGUGGCUAUCAAAACCGAUAAAGAGAAAGUAUUUAAGAUACAUGGAAGAUCCAGUAUUGACAUAAUCAAGUCAGGAGCCUAUAAAAUAUCGGCGCUUGAAGUUGAAUAUGAAUUGUUGUCGCAUCCGAACAUUUUGGAAGUUGCCGUCAUUGGAAUUGAAGAUCACGAGUGGGGACAAAAAGUUGCUGCUUUGGAAUCAAAAUUGGAUUUGAAGCAAUUGAGAGAAUUUUGCAAAACGAAGUUGGCGUCAUAUAAGGUUCCCACCAUGUUAAAAGUAGUUGAUGAGUUACCAAGGAACGCAAUGGGAAAAGUUAACAAGAGAGAAUUGAUAAAAGUUUUUGAGUAG